AUGGCCAACACAAAUAAUGUGACUGAGUUAAUUUUCACCGGCCUUUUCCAGGAUCCAGAGGUGCAGAGGGUGUGCUUUACGCUGUUUCUUCCUGUGUACCUGGCCACGGUGGUGGGCAACGGCCUCAUUGUUGUGACAGUCAGCAUCAGCCCGAGUCUGCGCUCCCCUAUGUUCCUCUUCCUCAGCUCCCUGUCCCUGGUGGAGAUCUGUUAUUCCUCGACCAUUGUCCCUAAGUUCAUCACUGACUUACUUGCCACAAUUAAAACCAUCUCUCUCAAGGGCUGUCUGGCUCAGAUAUUCUUCUCUCAUUUCUUUGGGGUUAUUGAGGUCCUUUUGCUUGUGGUGAUGGCCUAUGACCGCUACGUGGCCAUCUGCAAGCCUCUUCAUUACAUGAACAUAAUGAGUCGUCCAGUGUGUCACAUGCUGGUGUCUGGUUCCUGGCUGGCAGGCUUCAUUCAUUCCAUAAUCCAGAUUCUCAUCACCAUUCCGCUGCCCUUCUGUGGUCCCAAUGUGAUUGACCACUACUUCUGUGACCUCCAGCCACUAUUCAAGCUUGCCUGCACUGACACCUUCAUGGAAGGCGUUAUUGUGAUGGCCAACAGUGGUUUAAUCUCUGUCUUCUCACUCCUCAUCUUGGUGUCCUCCUAUGUCAUCAUCCUGUCUAACCUGAGGAACCACUCUGCAGAGGGGAGGCGUAAGGCCCUCUCCACCUGUGCCUCUCACAUCACAGUGGUCAUCUUGUUCUUUGGACCUGGUACUUUUAUCUACAUGAGACCCUCUUCCACCUUCACUGUGGACAAACUUAUGGCUGUGUUCUACACAGUGAUCACCCCUAUGCUGAACCCCAUUGUCUACACGCUCAGAAAUGUAGAAAUGAAAAAUUCCAUGAAGAAGUUAUGGGGCAAAAAGGGGAAACGAUGA